CAACGGAGGCAAAUGUUGACACAUCAUUCAUACAUACAUGUAUUUAUGUAUGCCAGAGGUGUCAAACAUACGGCCCACGGGCCAAAACCGGUCCUCUAGGGCAGCGGUCCCCAACCUUUUUUGUGAAUCUGGUCAUUUUUCAAAAUUAAAAAAUUGUCCAGAAUCAGAUAAUAAAUAGAACAGAAAUAAUGUAAGUUAUGCAUUCUUUCUGUGCGGCCCGGUACCAAUCGACCAACAGACGGGUGCCGGUUCCAGACCCGGGGGUUUGGGUACCGCUGCUUUAAGGUGUUUAAUCCGGCCCGCUUGAGAAUUUAUUUCAUUUUUUUUUUUUGUAAAAUUAUAUUUCAUUAAAUAUGAGUAAAUUAUAAUAAAUAUCUAAUAUACUUGUACUUCUUUGCAUGAAAACAAAGGGGGUUAUGAUUGUACUGCUCCGGUCAAACUGAUAUUUACAGUACAAGGGGGCAAAGGUUGGAUGGCAUUAAGUAACUGACUCACAACCCGUUUUUGCUAGCCAACACCUCAUUCUGUGGAGCCUUUUAUUCUCUUUUAUUAUGAAAGAUAAACUCACUCCCGCCCCGAUCUUUCUGAUCUUCUCCAAUGUUUCCUUGUACAAUAGUUGUUAAAUUCACUUAAAUCUUUCAGUGGAAAUCAAUCAUCUAGGUAAAUAAAAUUUUAGCUCAUGCGUGGGUAAGAAGAAAAUGUCAUCAAUUACAGAUGCUUGUCCUGUAUUCACAGUGUGGGCCUUUGUGCCAUUGUGCUUUACAACAAGGAACAAAGUUCAGUUGCUGCGUUGGCUGCGUCCGGGAAAUAGGUGAACAAAAGUUCAUUACAGCCUCUGUGGGAACACAGGUUAAGAUGAAGCCGAGUUGCGGACAAACGGUCCUACUGCUGUGGUCCUCUGCAGUAAUUCUCUACUCUGCAGCCUUUGACAUAAUGGAAACGGCUGAGGGGGUAGACUUUUCCAACAAGUCCCUGCAGGCGAUUCCUCUUAACGUCAACUGUUCUGUUAGUAAGCUGGUGAUUGACCAGAAUUUGAUAACUUUAAAUGAAACGGACCGGAAAGCCCUAGCCAGUUAUCCUGAACUGACAGAACUUUACUUGGAUGAAAACAUGGUGACUGCAAUACCAGCCGAGUACUUCUCAGUGGUACCAAACCUCACAGUUCUGUCCCUCUCCAGGAACAAAAUAAGUAGCCUUGAUCCUGAAGCUCUGUCAGGCCUUGGUAAUCUGAAGGAGCUGGACUUGUCCGAUAAUCUGCUGACUAGCCUACCCACAAACUUUACCAGAGGGAUAAACACACUAAAGGUGCUGAGGCUAGACGGAAAUGCCUGGAAUUGUUCCUGUCCUCCACUGCUUGGCAUUUACGAGGUCAUCGUGGCCAACAUUAUCCUUGGAGAACAAGUCACCUGUGCUUCUCCAGAAAACCAGAACGGAAAGAAUCUGUCAAUUGCUGCAGCCGCAUGUUACUCAUUACCAUCAACCACCUCUACAACUAUAUCACAAACAACACCAAUCACCACGGUGACCACUCAACAGCCUUGGACGUCUUCGGUACCGGAGACCACACAGUCGUCCACUACUAACCAGAGUCGAAUCACAGACCAGACGGCUGUGGCGGGAAACUCGUGGAAGUUCACAGCUUCCGUUUUGGCCUUGGCGCUGACUACCACCAUUCUGAUCGUAUGUGCCAUCAAGGGGCCGUCCUUGUACAGGCUUUACCACGACUACCGCCAUCAGCGGCUCGGGGAGGACUUCGAGGACGAGGAAGACAACGUUGCGUCGACAGACUUCCCGCGGUUCCAGCUCAGCCACAAGACGUUCUCCUUUACGCAAGACAGCUGGCAAGUGGACGGAGAGGAGGAUGAGGAGGAGGUGUAUUUUGAGGAUCCGUACGUAAGAAGAGAUGAGAGACAAGAAGUAGGUGCAAAUGUGGCAGGACCAUAAGAAAACCCCCGUAGAAAUUUGGACAUUUCGCCUCUAACAAAGACAAGAUCUCUCUGUUACACAUACAUUUAGGUUCAUUUGUUCACAGAUGCAACAAAAACCUCUGAGAUAAAAAAAAAAGAAUCAAAUCAUUUAGGAUUUUAUUGUUCCCACUAAUAUGAAUUAGAAACUCAUACUGAUAGUUUGUAGUGGCUUUCAAGAUUUGAAUUUUUGUUGUUUGUUUGUUUGGUUUAAUUACCAUAAUUGAUUUCAUUUAUACUAUUUCCACACCUGAAUAUAAGCCGCACCCAGAAAAGAAAAAAAAAAGUACAUAUAUAGGCCGCACUUCUCUAUAAACCACAGGUGUCCAACUUGUAA